CCUCAAUCAUGCAAUUUAUAAACUUCUUCGCUCCAUCACCUCCUCUGCAUCAACCAACAUAUCUCUCUCUCUCUCUCUCUCUCCAUAUUAAAAAACCCCCUCUCAUUCUAUAUCUCUGAGUCUCCCAUGGCUUUUUAUUACACAGUCUUUCUUAUUCUGUUACUACUUGUUCCACUCAACCAUUCUCAAUCCACGGUAACUAACCAGUCUAAGUUCUUCACUCUAAUGAAGAACUCUCUCACAGGAAACCUGUUGUCUAAUUGGGAUGUCAAAAAGGAAAAACCUUUCUGCAACUACACCGGAAUCAGCUGCGACGAAAACGGGUACGUUGUGCAAGUUGACAUCUCCGGUUGGUCACUAUCCGGUCACUUCCCUGAAAACGUGUGCUCUCACUUUCCUGAGCUACGAAUUCUUCGCCUUGACCAUAACUACCUCCACGGCGAAUUUCCUGACAGUAUCAGAAACUGCUCUCUCUUAGAAGAACUCAACAUGAGCUUCACAUACCUCACCGGAACACUCCCAGACUUUUCCCCCAUGACAUCUCUCAAAGUACUUGACCUCUCAUACAAUUUAUUUACUGGUGAUUUCCCUAUUUCCAUCACCAACCUCACCAAUCUUGAGGUUUUGAAUUUCAAUGAAAAUGGCGGUUUCAACUUAUGGAAACUACCGGAGAGUUUUUCCAGGCUCUCAAAGCUCAAGUCCAUGGUCUUGACAACGUGCAUGGUGAGUGGUUUUAUUCCGGCGUCACUAGGAAACAUGACAUCCGUCAUUGAUUUAGAACUGAGCGGAAAUUUCCUAGUGGGCCAGAUUCCAGCAGAGAUUGGGAUGCUUAAACACUUGCAGGAAUUGGAGCUUUACUACAACCAACUUGAGGGCGAAAUACCAGAGGAGCUUGGAAACCUCACAGAGCUCAUAGACUUGGACAUGUCCGUGAACAAGUUAAGUGGGAAAAUCCCCGAAUCCAUUUGCCGACUUCCAAAGCUCCAAGUCUUGCAGCUUUACAACAACAGCCUCACCGGAGAAAUCCCGGACGCGAUUGCCAAGUCAACAACCUUGACCACUUUGUCACUCUAUGACAAUAUGUUGACAGGGGAAGUUCCAAGAGGUCUAGGAGGAUCAUCUCCCAUGAUUCUUUUGGAGUUGUCAGAGAAUCGACUUUCAGGGGAAUUACCCACGGAGGCUUGCAGUGGAGGUAAAUUGCAAUACUUUCUUGUUCUAGAAAAUAACUUUUCUGGGCAAGUGCCCGAAAGUUAUUCAACUUGUGAGUCUCUUCUUCGGUUUCGAGUUAGCGAUAACCGUUUGGAGGGGUCAAUACCCGAAGGGCUUCUUGCUCUCCCCCAUGUUUCAAUCAUCGAUUUUGGGUACAACCAAUUGAACGGCUCAAUUCCCAAGACAAUCAGAAAUGCUAAAAACUUGUCAGAAUUGUUCAUACAGAGUAACAAGAUAUCAGGUGUUCUGCCUCUGGAAAUCUCUCAAGCUGCCAACCUGGUGAAGAUUGACCUCAGCAACAAUCUCAUGUCUGGUCCUCUACCAUCUGAAAUUGGUAAACUGAGGAAGCUGAAUUUGUUGAUGUUGCAAGGUAACAAGUUUAACUCUUCCAUCCCAGAUUCAUUUUCUUCACUAAAGUCUCUAAAUGUCCUUGAUCUCUCCAAUAACCGCUUGGUCGGACAUAUCCCAGAGAAUCUCUGUGAAUUGCUACCAAACUCAAUGAACUUUUCUGAAAAUCUACUUUCUGGUUCUAUUCCUCUCUUAUUUAUAAAAGGAGGGUUAGUAGAAAGUUUUUUAGGCAACCCAGGUCUAUGUGUUCCAGCUUACCUCAAUUCAUCAGAUACAAGUUUUGCUAUAUGUUCAGAGUCUCAUAAUCGAAAGAAAGUAAACUGUAUCUGGGUGAUAGGGAUUUCAGUGGGAAUCGUUGUAGUUGGAAGUAUUUUAUUUCUAAAGCGUUGGUUUAGCAAAGGAACUUCCAUGAUGGAAAAUGAUGAGACCAGGUCGUCUUCAUUUUUCUCAUACGAUGUGAAAAGCUUCCACAGGAUAAGUUUCGAUCACCGUGAAAUCAUUGAAGCCAUGAUUGAUAAGAACAUAGUAGGCCAUGGGGGGUCUGGGGUGGUAUACAGAAUUGAUUUGAGCAAUGGGGAAGUCAUUGCUGUGAAGAAACUGUGGAGUCACAAAACAAAAGAUUCUACUUUAGAGGAUCAAUUUGAUUUGAACAAGGAGUUGAAAACAGAAGUUGAUACUCUGGGAAGCAUAAGGCACAAGAAUAUUGUGAAGCUGUACUGCUACUUCUCAAGUUUGGAUUGCAGCUUGUUGGUUUAUGAGUACAUGCCCAACGGCAACCUUUGGGAUGCACUUCAUAAGGGAAAACUUCUUUUGGAUUGGUCCACCCGUCACCGGAUUGCGCUAGGAAUUGCUCAGGGCCUGGCCUAUCUCCACCAUGAUCUGAAGCCAUCUAUCAUUCACAGAGACAUCAAGUCAACCAACAUUCUACUGGAUAUCAAUUACCACCCCAAGGUUGCAGACUUUGGCAUAGCCAAAGUUUUGCAAGCAAGAGGAGGAGAAGAUUCCACCACUACCGUAAUUGCAGGGACUUAUGGCUACUUGGCUCCGGAAUAUGCACACUCUUCUAAAGCAACACCCAAGUGUGAUGUCUACAGUUUUGGAGUAGUAUUGAUGGAACUAGUAACCGGAAGGAAGCCAGUGGAGGCAGAUUAUGGAGAGAGCAAGAAUAUCAUAUACUGGGUUUCGACCAAAGUGGAGACCAAGGAAGGCGCCAUGGAGGUUUUAGACAAAAGAUUAUCCGGGUUGUUCAAGGAUGAGAUGAUUGAGGUACUCAAGAUUGCUAUUCGCUGUACAUACAAGACACCUGCCAAUCGCCCAACUAUGAAUGAGGUCGUUCAGUCGCUCAUUGAGGCAGACCCAUGUAGAUUAGACUGUUGCAAGUCAUCCGGUAAGGCCAAAGAAACAGCAAGUGUCACUAAGACAAAGAACCAGUAUGAUAUAUGAUUGCAACAGGGUUUUGGUGGGUGGAGGUUUAAAGUGGAGUCUUAUUACUAUAGAACACGACAAGCACUCUAACCAGUGAGAGACUAAACUAUACUACAUAUGUUUUUCUUUUCUGAAGUGGUAAAUAGAUUUUCCUUGAGGCUUUUUUUGUUUUUCUUUUUGUCGCCUUGGCAUAAUGUAAAGUAAUUUAGGAAAUAAAUUCCAAUAAUAAAGAUAACUGUGGUAUAGAAA